CCCUCUCUGCGAUAUCUGUUCACAGCAAUAAAAAGCGACUAUGGUGGAGAUUUUCUAAGUUAGAUCAAGCUGAUUAACUGCAACUAAGGAUUAAUAUACCACUGUUUAGAUCUCACAGUUUCCUCUGAUAACAUGGGCGGAGUGUGCAUAUUUUAUUCAUGGACUUGCAGACCAGUGUGGCCAGUUUUUAUUAUUCUGGCUACAAUACCUUGUAUGUUGUACUGCUCGGAGAGUCCUGCGGCAGUUGUUGGCAAAAUGUAUCCACGCGGCAACCACUGGGCAGUAGGUCAUUUGAUGGGGAAGAAGAGCAUCGAGAGCCUGCCUGAACUACAGGAGACCAACAGUGACUACCUCACACCCUCAGAAACAGCUGGGGUCACAGAGCUGGACCCAUAUGAGCGUCUGAUGGAGGCUCUGAUGCAACAAAAGAACCAAAAACAGAUGAUGCCACAAACUGCAGACAGGCUGCUUCGGCUGCGCAGCGGCUGGAGAGAAGAGGACCGAGACAAAUAUCUCAGAGAGAUGUCAGAUCUGCUUCUUCUGGCUUUGAAACUGCAAGACAAUGAUUCCACCUGAACGCAAGACAAAUUCUGUCAUCAUUAUCUUCUAAACCCUGUAAUCAUAUAUCCACACUGUAAAUUUUGUCUGCUGUAAGAACACGCUGGAAACCCAAUAA